AUGGGUGGUUCCAGAAGAAAGUACAAGCGGUCAAGGGCGAAAGUACGAGUCGGACUGCCGAGGAGAAACCCUAACGUGUUCAAGCCGGCGUUCAAUCUUCCGCCGAAGCUCAAAACUCUCUUGGACCCGCUCUCGAAGUGGGAUGACAAGGGCAGCGUCAUCGAGAAUUACAAGUCGUUCGGCGUCGUUUCGAAUCCCAAUUUCCUCGGCGUGCGGGCGCGCACGGCUCACAUUGUUGAGAGCGAUGACCUCCAGAUGCCCCCAGCCGACGAGCCCGUGUCGGAGUUCGAGCCUGUCGAUAGCGGCAGUGAUCUCGAGGAAGAUGAUUUGAAGUCGGCUCUCGGGAAAAAGCGGCGAGAUGGUAAACACACGUCCCUACAACCACUUACAGCAACGCAAAGAGUUCAUGUUAAGCGUCUGGUGGAGAAAUAUGGUGAUGAUUAUCAGGGCAUGUUCAUGGAUAUUAAAUUGAACAACUUGCAGCACUCGGUGGCAACACUCGAGAAACUUUGCAAACGGUAUCAUAAGUUCAAAGACCAGAACCCCAUGCUUGUGGAAGAACACGCAAUUACCACUUCUCUCAAUCAACAGCGUUUCAUCGCUGUUCUCGCUGCCACCGCGUCGUUGGAUAAGGUCAGGACGUCGAUGCGGUUCUGGAGCUCCUCGAGGAAGUCGCCGACAAAAAUACGGCGGUAG